AUGGCGGGCGUCAGCUACUCGCCGCCCUGGUGGGUGAGCCUGCUGCACCGCCUGCCGCACCUCAGCCUGCGCUGGGAGCUCACCGCCGCCGACUUCCGACCGCACGACGCUGAGUACCAGCAGGCCCUGUUGCUGUUGGGUGGCAUCGCUCUUUCCUGCCUCGCUCUGGACCUGCUCUUUCUCUUGUUCUACUCGUUUUGGCUGUGUUGCCGCCAUCGGAAGAGUGAAGAACAUCUAAAUGCUGACUGCUGCUGUACGGCAUGGUGUGUCAUCAUUGCAACCCUGGUGUGCAGUGCUGGAAUUGCUGUUGGCUUCUACGGGAAUGGAGAGACCAGUGACGGCAUUCACCGGCUGACGUACUCGCUACGCCAUGCAAACCGCACUGUGGCAGGUGUCCAGGACCGGGUACUAGAUACUGCAGUGGCCCUGAACCAAACAGUGGAACCAAACUUGCUCAUCCUGGAGGAGAUGUUCACGAAGCAGACAGACUACCUGCAUGUUAUCCAGAAACUGCAAGGUCUCUUGGAUGAUCUGGUCAGGCAAACAACUGAGAUCCCCUUUUGGAAGAAUGAAGAGCUGUCUCUGGAGGAGCUGGCAAUUCAGAUUGACCUCUAUGACUGGUACAGGUGGCUGGGGUACCUGGGCCUGCUCCUGUUCCAUGUCCUGAUUUGCUUGCUGGUGCUCUUUGGGCUCAUUAGAAACUCCAGGGCCAUUCUUAUGGGGGUGUGCUUGCUUGGGGUGUUUGCCCUGAUUGUCAGCUGGGGAUCCUUGGGUCUGGAGUUGGCUGUCGCUGUGGGCUCCAGUGACUUCUGUAUUAACCCCGAUGCUUAUGUCUCAAAAGUGGUUGAAGAGAACGCGGUGCUUAGUGCUGAUACUCUCCGCUAUUACAUUACCUGUAGUGCUGGAUACCCCAACCCUUUCCAGCAGAAGCUGUCAGGAAGUCACAAGGCUCUGGUGGAAAUGCAAGAUGAUGUUACAGAACUCAUGAGGUCAGCAAGCAGAGAGCACCCCACCUCCAAGGAGUAUCUUACUCGGAUCCAGGAGGUUUUAAAUUCAACAGAGAUCAACUUGCAGCAACUGACAGCUUUAGUAGACUGUCGGAGUCUGCAUUUGGAUUACGUCCAGGCUUUGACGGGCUUUUGCUAUGAUGGAGUGGAAGGCCUCAUCUACCUAGUUCUCUUCUCCUUUGUCACAGCCCUCAUGUUCAGUUCCAUUGUGUGCAGCGUCCCUCACACUUGGCAGCAAAAGAGAAGCUCAGAUGAUGAUGGGGAAGAAGAAUCAGCUGCUCAAGGGAGUAGACAAACACAUGAUAAUCUUUACAGAGUGCACAUGCCCAGCCUCUAUAGCUGUGGGAGUAGUUAUGGCAGUGAGACCAGCAUUCCAGCAGCAGCACACACAGUCAGCAAUGCUCCCGUCACAGAGUACAUGAGCCAGAAUGCAAAUUUCCAGAACCCCCGUUGCGAGAAUACCCCGCUCAUUGGCCGGGAGUCCCCACCUCCCUCAUACACCUCCAGCAUGAGAGCCAAAUACCUCGCCACCAACCAACCUCGUCCAGAUGCUGGCAGUGUGCAUUAAAAUGAAAAAGCAAAAGCAAAAAAACAAAACCCACACGUGCAGUCAGACUAAACAAUGUGCCAACUGCUGUGCCCCUGUGCUGUCCUCGUAGAACAAUCCUGCUGUUCUGCCCAAAAUCCAGUGCAGCUCCUUCUGUUUCUCCAGUCCAGACCACCCCUCCAACCUGGUAUCUGCCCACUGGAGUGGAAGCCCCUUUUGAGUUUAAGCCUUCACCUUGUUGUACCUGAUGUGCAAGAGAGAUUGAACACGUGCAGGCGAGCAACUGAGAGCACCCAGGCAAGAAACUGGGUCCACCUGCCUGGGGCCAACUUUAUCAGAGUAGCCUAACAGAAAAAGUUGGUGAAUAUCUUCCGCCCCCUUUUUUCCCCUUAUGUUCCCCAGAGGGACUUGGUGAAAGAUGGUGGUAGAUCUUCUUCACUUCUGCAGUGGGAGCAGCAGUCUGUCAAACACUGAAGAAGCAGAGGCUUGGUGCUAGCGUACAGUGAGGGGAUGCUGAGUCAAUGUGUGAUGCAGCAUUUUGGUGGGAGUCCUCUGGUCCGGUGCCCUGUGUGAGGGAGGAGGGAGACUCCUGCCUCAUGGUGUCACUGCAUAUCCACUGUAAUUUGGGAGCCUGGGGCUCUUCUGGAGCAAACCAUUCCACUACUGUGGUUAACUUCUUUAAAAAUUCCAUUAAGAAAAUGCCUUUUUCUUUCCUACUGUAUCUAGCAUGUGAAUUCUCGAGGAGGAGCAGGGGGGCCCCAGCACUAGUCAACUACCCUGUCCAUUGCUCUGAACCUGACCUCUCUGCUCCAUCAGGGAAGCCCAGGUACUUGCAGAUGGCAUUCUGGGUGCUGCCUUUACGAGGCCGACACACAGAUCAGACAGGAGCCAGCCAUCCACUUGGUGCCAAAUUUUCCCAGUAGAAGACUUGUAAGACUUUAGGCGGG